AUGCAUGUUGCUGCAUGGGCCUGGCUGCUGCCUGUAACAGUCAACUGUGUGUUGACGGAAUGGAACGGCAGCUGCUCAUCGCCACAGUUCAUUUACCUGCUGCACGGUGCAUUGGUGCUGGACACCUCCCCGCUCCAGGAUCGCUCGAAUCGGGACGUUCUGUGGCUAUCUUUCGACAAGCCAUACCACGGCGAGUACGGGGGCAUCCCCACCUCAGACGUGCUAUACGAACCGCAGGCCUGGUGGGGCGAGGGUCGAAACCUUCUUCUGGAGGCCGCUCUGCAGCGUCGGCACCGCCCGUGCUGGCCUGGCUACAUGUACUUCGUUUUCCUUGACGAUGACAUGCUGGCGAUGGUUCCGCAGGCAGGAUCAUGGACUAAGUUCGAGAAGUUCUUGCUGGAGGAGCUGCCGGCCGUCGGUUACAUCACCCGGACUCGGCACUAUCAUUCGCUUGGAAGGGGCAAGACGACGCGGGGCUCGCUCUUCAACGUCGACCACAACGCUUUAGCUUUCCACCGCCACACUCUUGGCUCCUUGUUGCCGUACUGCGACUUCCUGAAAAGGGACGCAGUUGGCUGGUCCGGUGCCAUCCUGACGCUUCAGCUAGGAGUCCUCUACUCCAACAGCCGAAUCGGGUUGAACACGAUUCGGGCUGACUUAGCGCGGAACCUCCACAGACCGUACAAGAGAGGUGGUGGAAGCUAUGCCUUCGACCUGCUGAAGCAGCGCUUCCAGGGCGAGAUGCUGUAUUUGAGCGAUGAACUGCUUGAGGCUUACUGGGGUCAAAUCGGCACCAAAGACAGCAGGACGUUUUGCAACUACAACUACAACGCGUCACGGAAACCACCAGGACAGCAACCUGCCGGCCCGAUAAGUAUUGCUUGGCUGAUGCGACACAUCAAUGUCUCACAUCCCUGUGGUCGGGUAAUGUUUGCCUUCCUUAGAAAGCACUCCGGAUAUUUGCAGAUGCUGCGAGCAGGGCAACCUGAGUUUGAGGCAGACUCUGCCAACUUCGACGGUAUACCUCACUGUCAGUGGAAUCUUAGGCCAUGGGUCGGCGGGAGUUCUGGAGCCUCAGUAAGCAAGGAUGUUGAGAGUGGCUGGUGCCGUGGAGGACUGCAGAAGGGUGAGCUGUGCUGCUCACCUGAUUGUCCUGUUUGCGGCGGCCCCUUGUGUGCAGGCCACUGCUGUGGCGGGCAUAUCCAAGGCCGUGGCUCGUGCCUGCAAGUUGAUCAACACACGUGCCUGGUGCCUGAGCGAGCGAAGUAG